AAACAGUUGAUAUUAGGACUGUUCGUGUAGAAGCGUGAAACUGAACUCCAGAAAUGUCUGUAGCUGUUUCUGUACUAGGCCUAUCGAUCAUUUGCAAUAAUUUGAUGACCGUUCUAGUGUUUGUGGCGACAUUUCUGUUAACAUGGUGGUACACUCAGCCUGAAAAUGUUACCAAAUUACCACCUGGGCCAUUUCCUUGGCCAAUAUUCGGAAACAUAUUUUCGCUUGCUCCAACUGAAGAGGAUAACUCUGGUGCUCAGCGUUUAUGGGAAAUGACUAGAUAUUACGGCAGUGACAUAAUCAGUGUUAAGUUUGGCGCAAAGCGAGCUAUUGUUGUCCACAAAUACUCUGAUAUAAAGAGAAUCUCCGACGAAUUCGUCCACGUGAAUAAGGAAGGCGCAAAUUCUCUAUUCCUACCUGGAAUCAUUGGAGUUGAUGGUCUGAGAUGGAAAGAGCAGAGACGAUUUGCCCUCUCAUUUCUGAGAGACUUUGGUUUUGGAAAAAGCAGAGCACAAGAUAUCGCUCAAACGGAAAUUAAAGCUGCAAUAGCUGAGCUUGACAAAUCAAGUGGACACCCGUAUAACCCCGAGGUUUUGCUUAAAAACAUGGUGUCGAACGUCAUAGCUGCCUUGGUUUUUGGACAUCGAUUCGAAUACAAUGACAAAAGUUAUGUUAAAUACCUUAAUAUGGAAGAAGAGAUAUUGGAAUGCUUCCGUUUUGUAAUCUACGGCUAUCUCGUACCAGCAUUCAUCAGAGAUCGACUACCGAGAGAUAUGUUUCGUAUUAAAGAAUUUAAACAAAAACAUGCAGAAAUGGAAGAAGCAAUUUUUCGCAAUGAGGUCAGAGAUCAUAUGGCCAACUACACGGCAGGUGCAUGCAACGACUAUAUUGAUUAUUUUAUUAAAACCAUGAAGGAACACGAAGGAGUCGAAAAGGAACACUGGUUUAAUGAAAGGCAACUGGUGGACAACAUUGUCGAUUUCUUCAGAGCCGGGACAGAUACUUCAGCCGCUACCCUUAGAUGGGUAUUCCUUCGUAUGGCUACAAACCCAGAGAUUCAGAAACGUGUUAAGGAAGAAAUAAUGGAAACUAUCGGAGCUGACCAACCACCAUCAAUCCAGGAUAAACCCAAAAUGCCAUUUACAGAAACUACGAUUAUAGAAUGCAUGAGAUUUCACCCGAUUCUUCCAUUGAUACAAACCAGACACACUCCAGACGAGCCAGUGAAGUUUAAGGACUUUGUACUUCCACCACGAACUUUGAUUGUUGAAAAUAUCCAUGCGUUACACCAUGAUCCUGAUGAAUGGGAUGAGCCGGACACUUUCAACCCUGAACGCUUCAUCGGACCAAAUGGAAAGGUGAUCAAGGACAAUCACAUGCUACAGUUUGGAAGUGGUAAACGUGAGUGCCUGGGACAACCACUUGCGAAAAUGGUAAUCUUCUUGUUCUUGAUUGGCAUUCUGCAGAAAUUUACAAUCAAGAUAUCACAUGGGAAUGAAGUCGAAGCCAUGUUGAAGAAUCGUGUUGGAAACAUUGUAAAUGUUCCUCUAUCGUAUGAUGUUGUUUUCACCAGAGACUAAAAAUCAGAGACUACAAACCAAAAAAACAUAUUUACUGUGACAGCUAUAUACUGGUGAUGUGUUAAAUUUGAACAAUCCAAAACGUAAAGACUUUGUCUGUGAGAUAUAUCCUGUUGUGCUGGAACUGAAAAAGACUAAUGAAUCUAAUAUGAGUGCACUUAUCCUGUUCUCAUUAAGUUAAACUAAACAAUAGUGCAUGUACCUAUAUGACAAGAGAGAUUAUUUUAAUUUUGACAUUUUUAUUUUCCUUUUAUAGACAGAAUCAUUCCACUUAAACAACAUUUUUUACCUGCCUAGUACCUGUAUUAUAUAAUAAUAAUUGAAUGAC